UUAAAAUUAUAGUUAGUAAUUGUUAACUUUAAAUAAUUUUUAAUAAGUAUAAUUAAUUUGGUGUAGAAUUGUUUGGGAGCAUUAGAUGGAACAUAUAUAAGAGUGCGUGUACCUAAAGCUGACAAACCAAGGUAUAGAACAAGAAAAGGAGAGAUUGCAACUAACGUUUUAGGAGUUUGUUCACAAGACAUGCAAUUUAUAUAUGUUCUACCAGGCUGGGAAGGUUCAGCACACGAUGGGCAUGUAUUAAAAGAUGCUUUAGCUAGGAGAAAUGGUUUGAGAGUCCCUAAUGGUAAAGUUAAUUAUAAAAAACUUAUCAGUGUUUGAGAUUAGACUACCAAUAUAUAUAGUUUUCCAUUCAAUUAUAACAUCAUUUAUUUAUUAUGUUUGAUAGGUUAUUAUUAUUUAGUUGAUGCUGGAUAUACCAAUGGUCAAGGUUUUCUUGCACCUUUUAGAGGAACACGAUAUCAUCUUAAUGAUUGGAAUGAUGGACUCCUUCCAAACACAGCAGAAGAGUUCUUUAAUAUGAAGCACUCAAGUGCUAGGAAUGUUAUUGAGCGUUGUUUUGGAUUGUUGAAAAUGCGAUGGGCUAUUCUCAGAAGUCCAUCUUUUUAUGACAUGAAUACACAACGGCGUAUAAUAUCUGUUUGUUGCAUGCUACAUAAUUUUAUUAGAAGAGAAAUGAGUAUAGAUCCAGUAGAAAAUGAGAUGAAUAGUGUACAAAGAAAUCACCCCACAACAGAUAAUAAUUAUAUUAAUAGUAUCGAGUCUUCAGAUUUAUGGACUACUUGGAGACAAAAUUUGACAGAAGAAAUGUGGAAUACAUGGGAGGGAACUAGAUGAUUAAACUAUAUAUGUUGUUAACCUUUACUACUUUAGUAUUUUUUUUUUUUUGAGCAUUUUUCAAAUAUGAUUUGAUGUAAUAAGGACAGAUGUCUAUAUUUAUUUGAUAUAUAUGUUUAUUUUUGUUCAAAUUUUUUGUGUUUAAUUUUCAAAGUAUUAAUUUAUGUGUUCUUUCAAGUUUCAAAAUUUAUACUUUUUAUUAAUAUUAAAAAAAAUUAUAUGAAUAUAUAGGAUGAGUUCAAGCUCUAAUGCAUAUCAAAGAGGGAGAGGUAAAAAUAAACAUUAUUGGACACCAACACAAGACAAUGUAUUGAUUGAAUGUCUUCUAGAGUUGAGUCAAAAUUCAACAUGGCGAGCUGAUUCUGGAUUUAAGAAUGGAUAUUUGCAACAAAUGGAGAUUAUGUUAGAGGAAAAAUUACCAGACUCGAAGUUGAAGGCCUCACCUCAUAUUGAAUCUCGUAUUAAAAAUUUGAAGGGGAAGUAUUCUUGCUUGGCAGAAUUAUUAUCUUUAUGUGGUUUUAGUUGGGACAAUGAACAUUCUUUAUUAUUGUGUGAGAAAAGUGCAUUUGAUGAGUAUGUGAAGAAACGAAAAGAUGCAAGUGAAUUAUAUGGGAAACCAUUUCCUUAUUACAACAAGCUAUCAGAAAUAUAUGGACGAGAUCGAGCUACUGGGACAAAUGCUGAUAAUGCUGAUGAUGAUGAAGAAGAAAUAUGCCAAAAUGAUGCAACUGGUGUAGAAUUUGGAGUUGAUGAUAAUAUAGAUGGCGGUGAGGAUGAUGAAGAAAUAAAUGAAUUUGAUGGUGUCUCACAUACUCAACAACCAACUAAUAUACGUCGUAGAUCUACUGAGAGUACUACUAGUAACCAACAACGUGGUAAGAAUAAAAAAACUAAGGUUAUGGAUGAAAUUUCUACAAAUGUUGGUGCAUUAGCAGAUUCUAUAUCUAAUAUUGUCCCGAAGUUUCAAGGAUUAAUUGAUGCAAUAUCUGAUAAGGAUGUAGCUGAGAUGCAAACCAAUUUAUUCACAGAAAUAAGCAAGAUUAAUGGCCUAACUCCAAUGCAGUGUAUUCAAGCAACCAACAUAUUGGCUAAAGAACCUCCAUUGAUGCGAGUGUUUUACGCAAUAUCAGAUGAGAUGAAACUGCUAUAUAUCCUGAAUAUGUUGCAAAAUGAUGCAUAA